AUGGAUUAUGGUUGGGCGCAGUUACGCUUUGGGAUUUAUAAAAUAGCUACAUCUGAUAUGGGCGCCGUUUCUUUCUUCCGAACACACACUGAAUUUUAUCAUUUCAAGUCUGCCAUGAAACAGAAACCUAGGGGAAGAUUCAAGAGGCAGUGGGGAGGAUGGGGUUGGGGCAACUGGGGCGGUGGAUGGGGUGGUGCAUGGGGAGGAUAUGGAAGUGGCUAUGGAAAUAAUUAUGGCGGAACAGAUAUGAACAAUGUUCAGGUUUAUGACAUCAAUUUGCGAAAAUGA